ACUGUGGACUUCAUUUUUUUUGAACCUAGGAUUACCUAACGGUAAAAAUUUUUUGUAUUACACCAGUUCACCAGUUGUGGGUUGUAAUAUCUUUUUUUAGGAAAAGAUACUAUCAAAAAACUUGUUAUACAUACGCGCGAAGUACUAAAAUGCAAUCUACGGAUUUCGGCUUUUUUGGUUCGGCAACACCGAAUGAAGGAAUGUGACUGAUGAACCUAGCCUAAAAAUUUUUGAAAGUGGUUUUUGCUCAUGAGUUCCGGUUUUCAAGAUGUUUUAUUUUAUAUUUUAAUCUGCAAACCGCAAAUGCUAGCCACAUUUUGUUAAAGUCCGAUAAUGCAGAAGGGACAGUUUUAUAAAUACAUUCAGCCAAACGUUAUGAACUUACGAUCAUAACUAUCUAAAAUGAAAUCAUUAGCAAUUAUAACUGUAUUAUUUAUUUAUAUAAAAUAUGUACAUAUGUGGAGUUACAACCCUAUAUGUCUUGUGACCGAGUGUUGCAAUAAAGACCACAUACCUGGAGAUACUGACAAACUAAUCAGGUUGCUAAAAGAACGAGUGUACGGUCAACAUUUGGUUGAAAAUGCUGUCCAUGCCAUUGCAGCUCACUGGAAUCCGCAUUACAAGGCCCCAAAGCCUCUUGUCUUGAGUUUUCAUGGUUGGGCGGGAAGUGGGAAGAACUACGUCUCAAAUUUCAUUGCUGAGAGUCUAUAUAAAUAUGGCACCAAGAGCAAAUUUGUACAUCUAUUUGUUGGUAGGAUACAUUUUCCUGUCAGGGAAGAGUUUAAGGUUUACCAGCAACAAUUGUACUCCUGGUUGAAAGGCAACAUGACGCAAUGCUCGAAACAGCUGUUCAUUUUUGACGAAAUCGACAAGACACCCCCGGAAAUUCUGAACGCUAUCAAACCGAUGAUUGACUACAAAGAUGAAGUGGACGGUGUGGACUACACUCAGUCGAUUUUCAUUUUUCUCUCGAACACCGGAUCUGCUUUAAUCAACGAACAUUAUGAAGAGUUGUGGAAUAAGGGAUAUGUUAGAGAGGACUUGAAACUCAGCCAUUUUGAGAAGCUCAUUGAGAAAGGGGCCUUCAAUGAAGAUGGUGGGUUUCACCAUUCUGAUACAAUCAAAAGUAAUCUGAUAGACCACUAUAUCCCGUUUUUACCAAUGCAAAGGGAACAUGUGCAAGGUUGCAUCAAAGAUCAGUUCAAGAAUCGCAAUGUUGACUUUCCCACAGAUUCUCAUACCCAGGAAGUGAUGGAUAUUAUAGAAUGGGGUCCUGAUAGGAGUAAGCUGUUCUCGACGACAGGCUGUAAAAGAAUAAGCUCGAAAGUGUCCUUGUUAGUAGCUAAAUAUUAUCGAAAUAAAGAGGAAUUAUAAGCAGCACGUUAUGAGCUGUGCUGUAUUUCCCAAAUCUAUGAUAUUAAUAGGUUAAUGAAUUACGGAGUCUGAAUUAUAUCCUAUUUGACGAGUAUCCAUCACGUUUAGACGUCUACUGAGCUGAUCAGCAAGUGACAACCUUGUAAUCUGUACCGUAUAAAAAACCAAAACAAAAUACGGUUCUGACUACCUGGCGUUGACGGAUCCGUCAGAAUUGUGUGUUCUGUGCCGAUAUGGGGAAUUUUGAGAUAUUACUAGAUAAUCACGUGAUGGAUACUCGUGAAAUAGAGUAUAUCGGUUUAAGAUCAUGGAAGAGGGGUAGAAUUUAUUUUAAGGGAAAAUAGUGGCAGGCUAAAACAAAUGUUUAGUUUUAAGAUGAGGUGUAUUCAGAACUGUGUAUCUCUUAAUGAUAUGGUAAUAUUAAAGGAGACGAUUUUUUUUACCCAUUUUGAGACAAAAAAAUUAUUAAAAAAAAAUCUGUAUUUUAUAACUGACUACUAUUGUAGAUAUCUUUAUGAAAUUUGGUACACGUCCUCUAUGCAUCAAGGUGCAUUUUCUAAUAUAAUUUAUUUUUGAAGAAUGACACGUCACUGCUACCUAUUUAAAUAAAAACCAUUUUUGAAAUAUUAAAUUAUUUCUGACCAUAUUUAACCAUCUAUCGAUAAAAUAUAUUCAAAAACGGAUGAGAUUUUCAAAAAUUAUUUUUUUAUGUAUAAAACGGACUCGAUAGCUUCGAAAAUGAUUUCU